CUCCACCCUCGCUUAGACAUUUACUCCUGGGAUAUCACCAGCAAGACUUAACUCUUGAGGACCUUUCCUUUCUUUUCAUCGUUUGGGACAACUUAUCAAGAAGACAUGGUGUCUGCCGGCUUUCAGAUGAUGGGCACCGCCCUAUGCAUCAUCGGCUGGAUCGGAGCAAUCGUCGUCUGCGCCCUGCCCAUGUGGAAGGUGACCGCAUUCAUCGGCCAGAACAUCGUCACCGCUCAAACAACCUGGGAGGGCAUCUGGAUGACCUGCGUGGUGCAGAGCACGGGCCAGAUGCAGUGCAAGGUCUACGACUCAAUGCUGGCCCUCUCCUCGGACCUCCAGGCCGCCCGCGCCCUCAUCAUCAUCGCCAUCAUGCUCGGCGUCAUAGGCAUCCUCCUCUCCAUCGCAGGGGGCAAGUGCACCAACUGUGUGGAAGACGAGGUGGCAAAAGCCAAAAUUGGCGUGGGGUCCGGCGUGAUCUUCAUCCUCGCUGGCAUUCUGUGCAUCAUCCCAGUGUGCUGGACGGCAAACACCGUUGUUACAGAGUUCUACAACCAACUGGUGAUGGCCUCUCAGAAGAAGGAGCUCGGAGCUGCACUCUUCAUCGGCUGGGGGGCCUCAGGCCUCCUCAUCCUGGGUGGUGCUCUCCUCUGUGCCAACUGUCCUCCCAAGGAUAACUACACCGCUAAGUACGCCGCUGCCCGUCCAAACGCGCCCAAGGACUUUGUCUGAAGAAGUAAGAGCCAAAGAGACUGGAGAAAAAAAAAGACUUGAGUCAAAUGCUCUGUGGUCCAUGAAAUUGAUUUAUUUUGCAUUUUAAUUUCACAGUGAUUCUACUGUGCCCAAUGUUUAGUUUGAUGCUUUCAUGAUGACUUCAAGAUUGGUCUCAUAGGUGCCAACACUUGGACAUGUGCACCACGCCUUUAACAUAUCAUUUCAUUUUCAAUGUGUAUUAUAUGUGACUGUGUGAAACUGUAAAUAAAGAUUUUUUUUUAUCAAUUGGA